AUGGGAUCCGACGACGAGACGCGAAGCAGUGAAGUCAGUUUCGUUUUGUUGGGUGCUUCUCAGAAAACUGUAUUAUUUGAUAAACUUCGUGAAGCAGCAGAUAAAUAUGAGAGACAUGUUCAUUACCCCGAUGUCCAUUAUUUGACCGUGAGAAUCGGCGACCAUAAUCACACAGUAGAGCUCACAGAUCCAGGAAUGGCUAGAACUGGUGGAAGAGAAAUGGCAAUUAAGAAAGCUGAUAUUGCCAUUCUUUAUUACUCAGCACCUAAGCUAUCAACUAUGACUCAGUUACAUUCCCUCAAAGAAGACUUGGAAAGAAAGAAAAAUAUGCCCGUUCGGAUAAUUUGUGAUGUGGAUGACGUUGCUGAUUAUGAUGAAGAAGACAGUUCCACGGGAAUAAGCUCGCAAUCAGAAGGUUAUGAAUCAGAUCCAGAUCAUGAGCUCGGCAUGAAAAGACGGCGAUCGAUGGAAAUAAUUCGAAAACAAUCAGAUGAUGGAACGAUAGCUAUUGACAUGGGUCGACAGUUUGCCACAGAGUUAGGAGACAGGUGUGUAUUCAUUCAAAUAUCCUCCUCAACCUAUCAAGACCAAGAAACGUUAUUGAAAGAAUUGGUACUCGCCUCAACAGCUAAAGCCCGAACAAGAUCCAGAUCUUUGAUACCCGGACGAUUAAUGAGGAGAUCAAAGUCAAGAGAUACGAAAGUAGCUCCUCAGCCUGCAACAGUUGUACCUGAUUAUUCCACCAUUUCGGGAGCAUCAGAGCGCGAAGAGAGUCCUCGUCGUCGCAAAGGCGAGCAAAAGAUAAAAGUUUUUGUUAGUUCGAUUCCCGACUCAACCAAAAUGGCGGCAGCCGUUUUAUUCGCUUUUCUUUUAGUUGGUCUGGUUGGAGCCCAGAAGGAAGGAUUAGAUGAGAAAUACACUUAUAAGCAGAUUUGUGUAGUUGAUGGAAAGUUAACUGUUCUUAAUGGAUUCGAUUGUCGCAAUCAGAUUGCUGUUGGAAAGUGGAAGAACUCAGUCAAUGCUACUGGAUGGACCUUCCUAGAGGUUGAAACAAAGCCAGAGUAUGACCCAGAGUUGCAAGCUUACACAGCUGGUUAUCUUGAGGGUAUUCUGUCUCAAACUGUCCUCCAUUACCAUAUUGAAAACACUGUUGCCGAUUAUUGCACUAACUUCACUGAGUAUUGCAAGAGGAUGACAUCAUUCGUGAAUGAAAACCAGAUGUGGGUUAAAAAAACAUUGGAGACUACCGGAAGAGACGAUAUUUAUUGGUCAGGGGUCAACAGAACGUUCCAUCAACUUACUGGACUCAUUGACGGUUAUGAGGGAAGAGCUAUCAAUCCUUCCAUCUCUUAUGAGCUUCACCCUAUUCUUUUGCUCAAUUGGAAUGGAGAUUUCUAUGAUCUUGAGAAGAAACUCAACAAGACCAGAGAUCCAAUAACCGACCAAACUGGAGAGAAGUGUUCUGGAUUCAUCAAGGUGACUCCUGACAACGCUGAUCUUCUCAUCUCCCAAGUGACCAUGUCUGGUUUCCAAAACAUGCUCCGAGUUUUGAAGCUCUACAAAUUCGGUUACGAUCGUGCCCUUUACCCCGGAUAUGCCACUUCCAUUGCUUCAUACCCUGGACUUCUCUACUCUUCUGACGAUUUCGCCCUGAUGUCAUCGGGAUUGGCUAUCAUUGAAACAACUAUCAGUGUUUUCAAUUUGACUUUGUUCAAUGAAACUAAGGCUGUUGGACAGCUCCCAACAUGGGUCCGUGCCGUCGUUGCCAACCAAAUGGCUCGCGACGCUAGAGAAUGGUGCCAUCUUUACGCCAAAUACAACUCCGGAACUUAUAAUAAUCAAUGGGCUGUCCUGGAUUAUAAUAAGUUUGAGAAACACAAGCCACUUGCUGAGUAUGGACUCUUCUAUGUUUUGGAACAAAUGCCAGGCAAGAUUGUCUAUUCGGAUCUGACUUGGUUCUUGAAGAAAUAUUCUUAUUUCCCAUCAUACAACAUUCCUUUCUUCAAGAAAAUCACAGACAUUUCUGGAUUUGUCGGACAAGCUGCAAAGAUGGGUGAUUGGUUUAAAUGGGGAGCUGCUCCUAGAGCAAAGAUUUUUGAACGCGAUCAUCAUAAUGUCAAAGACCUUGCCACUCUUCAAACAUUAAUGAGAUAUAAUAACUAUAAGGAGGAGGAAUUCAGUAAAUGCAAAUGCAAUCCACCAUACUCUGCUGAGGCUGCUAUCUCUGCUCGUGGAGAUCUUAAUCCCGCCAAUGGAACUUAUGAAUUCCCAGGACAGGGCCACGUUAAUCAUGGAGCUUUAGAUUAUAAGGGAACUAACGUUGAUAUGAUGAAGAAUCUCCAAUUCCAAGCUCAAGGAGGUCCAACAUGGGGACAAGUUCCAGCUUUCAAAUGGAGUGAAUUUGACUUCAAAGAUAAAGUUAAGCAUAUUGGACAUCCGGAUGAAUGGAAAUUCAAUUUGAUGGACGUUAAAUGGGAAACUAAUGUUUUCACCGAGGAAUAA